UAUCCUCCUUCCCUUGGCGUGUAUCUCUUGGAUUGUCGCAGAAGAGCGGCUCCAAGGCACAUUCCUGAUCGCCCCUCCUGGAUCCCUCAGGCGUACCUGGUGGACGUUACUGGAUAUACGGAGCUAACACGUCGUUCCAUUCUGCGAAUCUCCCAACGACUCUUCCAACUCCGCCUACGGCAGAGACCGUCGUCCUGCGGCCGUCCGGGCAGACGAGAGAUCCGUCCGGCAAUCUGGCGGCCUUAGCAGUUCCGCCGCCCGGUAUGGGUACGGCGAUUGAUGGACUGACAGCUUCUCAACCAUUGACGUCUCGAAGGCCAGCAGCACAAAGCCUGCCGAGUUUCGAGCUACCUCCUCCUCCAUCUCAGUUCCCAUUAUCCAGCUCAAACCAAAAAUAUCAUUCUCAGUCUAACAUACAUCCUCCAAACGUGAGCGUUGGCAACUUGCUGACUCCUCCAUCUAAUCACUCCGGGGAAACAAACAACACUAUCCAUUCAGGCGCAGCUUCAAAUACGGCCUCAGCCUCACAGGAAGUGCCUUCUUAUUCUUCCGGUUACUGGCCGGGACAGAACUCCUACGGAUACGGUUCUGCAACGGCGCCUUCGCAGUCGUGGAAUCAGGGUGUUCAUGCGCUUUUCCAGCCGCGUGGAUAUUCGCCCUUAGUAGGUUCCCUUGGUCGCAACACAGCCGGUACGCCCAACACAAGCGAAGGCAUGUCGCAGCCAUACGAUAUCAAUCAGCUUCCGCCUUUCCAGCAAUCUCUUCCUGUUUCAUCUCCUACUGUGGCAUCGCCCGCGGUGCAGCAACAUCAAGCCAUGGCGCAUGCGAUGAUGAGCGCGCAGGGCACGCCGCCCAGUUCCGCGCCUCCCUCUCAGCAAUUCACGGCUGCAGACCCAUACGCAUCGAAGCCUGCUUCGACACCUAUAUUUGGAGGCUCGCAACAAGCUCCGAAUGCUCCUUAUCCUUCGUAUGGCGGCCCUUCACCAAUCUCACACGGUGGGCUAGGUAUACACCCAGCUGGUCCGAGAAUGCAGCCUGGACCAAGUCAGUCACCGACUGGGCAACCCACGCAAUUCGGAUACAAUCGCCCUCCGUGGCCAUCAUAUUCCCUCCCCGCGAUGAGCGGGCCGGUCAUGACGAAUGUACAUAGCCCCAAUGGUCAGAUGUCACUUAUGGGCGGCAUGCAACCGGGAGUUUUGCCUGGCUUCAACAGCGGACAGGUUGCGAGCAUGCACCAUAUGUAUGGAGGCCAUCCUUCUCACCAGGGACAUGGACAGCCAGGUCCACCCAACGACCGGCCGUUCAAGUGCGAUCAGUGUCCGCAAAGCUUCAACCGAAAUCAUGAUCUCAAACGGCAUAAGAGAAUCCAUCUUUCAGUAAAGCCGUUCCCAUGUAAUCAUUGCGACAAGAGUUUCUCGCGGAAGGACGCAUUGAAGAGACAUAUUCUGGUGAAAGGCUGCGGCAAGGAUACAUCUUCUGAAGGUGGAAGUGCGAAUCAGGCUGGGUCCGUUACAUCGAGCAAGGAUGAGGACGGGGCAGUCACGAGGACCGAUUCAAACAGCGACAAGCAGAGCCCUGUACUCAAUGGGCAUGCCUAGAGGUUAUACAGUCCGUCUAGAAGCGGCUCCUGCCUAGGACCUCGUCCUAGUAUCUCGAUCCUAGUUCUCCUCCUCUCCCUUUCGCCUCUUCUUUUCUUUUUCCUCGACCAUUUUCCUUAUUUCGAUGUAUUUAUGUUGGGAACGGUGACGAUGGCAAAAUGCUUCCAUACUUUGCGUUACGGGUCGGGUCUGGGAUAUGAGCCCAAGCGC